AUGGAGCAUCUGACAAUUAGCCAGUCCAGCAAUGAAGCUGACUCCUGUCGAGUUUUUGUUUUUGGGGACCAGAGCAGCUUCAGUCUGUCGAAUUUACAGCUGCUUCUUCUUAAAAAAAAUAAUCCUUACUUGGCAUCGUUCACUGAUCGAGUCAAUUUCGCUCUGAGACAAGAGAUAGGUCGACUUACAAUAUCAGAGCGCCAAUGGUUUCCUGCUUUCUCCAGCAUACAAAAUCUUGUUGCUCGGGGAUUAAAGAAGGAUAAGAAUGCAGCGCUGGACAGCACUUUGACGACAAUUUAUCAGAUAUGUUGCUUCAUCAACUAUUUUGGAGACUGCCAAGAAAUAUACCCAUCGGGCCCAAAUAAUUACGUCUCGGGACUAUGUAUUGGAACAUUAGCUGCAGCCGCUGUCAGUUCUUCAAAGUCGCUGGGUGAGCUGGUAAAAGCUGGAGUCGAUGCUGUCCGCGUGUCAUUAAAAGUAGGCCUCUUGGCUGCUCGAACAGCCGCUUUGUUCGGUCAUCAGAGGUCCAACGGUCUCUCUUACUGGUCAUACGUGGUUGCCGAGUCGCAAUUUCCGCUGGCACUGGCUGAAAAGGCCAUUGCAUCCUAUAGGGAUAGCAGUAAAGUCCCGCCCCUGUCGUCGCCCUACGUUAGUGCCAAAGGCCAAAACUCCUGGACAAUCAGUGGCCCUCCGGAAACUGUACAGAAAUUUUUAGAGUCUUCACAAUUUUUAGAGACACCAAAAUCGACCCCUAUCUCUGUGUAUGCUCCGUACCAUGCGCCACAUAUUUUCUCUGCCAUAGACGUUGAGCAAAUUCUGCAUGAUGUUGGGCCAGUUAGCGAUCUUUCAAGCAAAAUUUCUUUCAUUUCUAGCUCGUCGAGCGGCAAUACUCUUGGCGAGAGUUGCUUCCGAGACAUGCUGUACCAUGCCAUUGAAAGUAUUCUCGUUCUGCCGCUGGACCUACGGGAUGCAGCCGCGAACAUACAGAAAACUCUUAAAAGAGCAAGCUCUACGGGCCACUGCGCCAUAUAUCCAGUCUCAACCAGUGUCUGUCCGAGUUUCAAGGCGUCGUUGUCACCCGAGUUGUCAAAAAGGGUCGCGAUAGUCGAUAAGAUCAUGGAGAGUAUAAUUGCAGAUGCCGGUUUAAACUCCCCAAGGGCAGUCAAACCAAGUGAUGCCAAGAUAGCAAUCAUUGGCAUGUCUGGGAGGUUUCCAGAAGCAGCAGAUGUCGAAGAAUUCUGGAACCUUCUUUACCAAGGGCUCGACGUCCAUCGACGUGUCCCAGAAGACAGAUACAAUGCAGAACUUUAUUAUGACGCAUCAGGCAAACGCAAAAACACAAGCAAGAUCAUGCAUGGAUGUUGGAUUAAUGAGCCGGGGCUAUUUGAUGCAAAAUUCUUCAACAUCUCCCCAAAAGAGGCUGAACAGUCUGACCCUGGCCAACGUCUGGCUCUAGUAACAGCAUAUGAGGCUCUUGAAAUGGCGGGUGUCGUUGCAGAUAGGACACCAUCAACCCAGCGAGAUCGCGUUGGAGUAUUCUAUGGCAUGACUAGCGACGACUACAGAGAGGUUAGCUGCGGGCAGAACGUCGACACUUAUUUUAUUCCAGGCGGGAAUCGAGCAUUCACCCCAGGGAAGGUUAACUAUUUCUUCAAAUAUUGCGGCCCGUCGGUAAGCGUCGACACCGCCUGUUCAUCCAGUCUUGCAGCAAUCCACCUAGCCUGUAAUUCGAUUUGGCGGAAUGAAUGUGAUAUGGCGAUCGCUGGCGGCACGAAUGUCAUGUCAAACCCUGACAGCUUUGCGGGGUUAGACCGUGGGCAUUUUCUCUCGAGGACAGGCAACUGCAACACUUUUGACGAUGCAGCUGAUGGAUACUGUCGCGCAGACGCGGUUGGCACCGUUGUUCUAAAGAGGCUCGAAGAUGCAAUCACAGACCAUGACCCUAUCCUUGGGGUCAUUUUAGGCGCGCAUACCAACCAUUCUGCGGAGUCUGUUUCGAUUACUAGACCUCACUGCGGAGCUCAAGAAGAGAUCUUCUCCAAACUCCUCACUGAGUCUGGCGUUCCUCCUAAUCAAGUCAGCUACAUAGAAAUGCACGGCACGGGCACACAAGCUGGCGAUGCUACUGAGAUGGCGUCCGUUCUCAGCUGUUUUGCUCCAUCGACUACGCGACUGCCACAUGAAAGCCUGUAUUUGGGAUCGGCGAAAGCCAAUGUUGGGCAUUCUGAAUCUGCUUCUGGAGUUACAGCACUGAUUAAAGUUUUAUUAAUGAUGGAAAAAAACAUCAUCCCACCUCAUUGUGGCAUAAAAGGCAAAAUUAAUCAUAAAUUCCCGACCGAUUUGGAAGAACGCAACGUGCACAUAGCUAUGACUCCAACGCGGUGGGAUCGACUGGAUGAAUUCAACAACAUUCGCCGUGCCUUUGUCAACAAUUUUUCUGCUGCUGGUGGCAACACAGCGCUCAUCAUGGAAGACUAUCCGGAGCUCACAAUGAACUCAUCACGCCCGGAUCUUCGGACAGCCCACCUUGUGACAAUAUCGGCCAAGUCAAUUCCAUCUCUCAGGGGAAAUUUAGAGAAGCUGAGAAAUUUUGUUAAGCAGCAAACAGGUACAGAUGAUUUCCUGUCCAAGUUGUCUUAUACAACUACGGCUCGGCGGAUGCAUCAUCCAUUCCGCGUUGCAAUCCCAGCUGCAAAUUGCGAGCAGCUGUUGAGCGCCCUGAACGACGAGAUCAAACGAGACGCUCAUAAGCGGUCCGAAGAAACACCUGUCGCUUUUGUUUUUAGUGGCCAGGGAUCACAGUAUAGCGGGAUAGGUCAGCAUUUAUUGCACUACACAACAUUCCGCAAAGAAAUCGAGUCUUACAACAUUUUGGCUCAACGACAUGGAUUCCCUUCCAUUAUGCCUCUUGUCAAUGGAUCUGUCGACAUUGACGACCUUGAGCCGCUCGUUGUCCAACUCGGUACUACUUGUGUGCAAAUGGCUCUUGCGAGCUUUUGGGUAUCAUUAGGCCUGCGGCCAGUCUAUGUGGUUGGUCAUAGUCUAGGCCACUAUGCCGCACUAAAAGUCGCUGGCGUCCUCACAGCAAGCGACACCAUCUACCUUGUUGGCAUGAGAGCUCGUCUCCUUCAGGAAAAGUGCAGUAGAGGAAGUCACGAGAUGUUGGCAAUCCGAAGUAGCGUGGAUCAGAUUCAGAAAUAUUUGGAUGCAAAGAUUCACGAUGUUGCUUGCAUCAAUGGUCCACAAGAUACUGUUGUCAGUGGCCGUGUAGACGACAUCGAGAACCUGUCUCAAAAGCUUGCGGCUAGCAACAUUAAAGCAACGAGAGUCAAUGUCCCGUUUGCAUUCCAUUCAGCCCAAGUCGAUCCUAUAUUAGAUCAGCUCGAAUCUAUUGCAUCUAAUCUCACCUUUCACUCUCCACACAUCCCUCUGGGUUGCCCUCUACUGGGUAAGACUUUCCUUGCGGGUGAGUCGCCGACUUUUGAAGCCAAGCAUAUCAGAGACCACUGCAGGGACGCCGUCAACUUUUAUGGAGUUCUACAAUCAGCUAGAGACGAUGGUUUAAUUUCCGCGAAAACAGCCUGGGUUGAGUUGGGCCCACACUCAGUGUGUUCAACGCUCCUGAAAGCCAAUCUCGGCCAAGACAUCACCGCCGUCCCUUCUCUGAUGCGCAAUAAAGAUGGGUGGCAGGUCCUAGCCACGAGUCUCCAAACUUUGUAUUGCAAGGGAUUAUCCAUUAACUGGGAUGUAUAUCACGAGGACUUUGAAGCUUGCAAAGAGGUAUUGAGGCUGCCUGCCUACAGCUGGGAUAACAAGAAGUACUGGAUUGAUUAUGUGUAUGAUUGGCUACUCACACGAGGAGAUCCUCCCGUACAACCAGUUGCCCCAGCACCAGCGCCUAUUUCUACUUUCUCAACUGCCUCUGUGCAUCGGAUUGUCAAUGAGAUUAUAGAUAAAGAGAGGCUUAAUCUCACUGCAGAAUGCGAAUUUACAAGUGAGAAAUUACAUGAAGUGGUGUUCGGUCACGUUGUUAACGGUAAUCGCGUUUGCACAUCGUCAUUAUACACAGAUUUUGGUGUGACUUUGGGCACGUAUGUCCUUCAAAAAUAUCGUCAGGAUCUUGAUGGCUACUCAGUAGAUAUCCAGGAUAUGGUUGUUCACAAACCUCUAGUCCACAAAGACGGUCCAUCUAUGCUCCUGAGGAUUAAUAUCGACCACGACAUGACUAAUAGCAGAAUGGCAAAAAUGUCUAUAUAUAGUAUAGAUUCUAAGGGAAACAAGACAACCGACCAUGCUCAAUGCAAACUGCAUUUCGAACGACCAAAAGUCUGGCAAGAAAACUGGGAUAGUACUCGAUACUACGUCGAACGAAGCAUCGAGUGGCUCAAACAAAAGGCUGAUCAAGGUCACUAUAGCCGCCUCUCUUCUGGCGUUAUAUACAAACUUUUCUCCAGUUUAGUCGACUAUAGCAACGCUUACAAGGGUAUCCAAGAAGCUAUUGUUAAUGCCGAGGACUUUGAAGCCACCGGCUUAGUCCGGUUUCAAGUUGAUGAGGGCACCUUUCAGUGCAACCCUAUGUGGGUGGAUAGCUGUGGGCAGCUUGCUGGUUUCCUAAUGAACGGGCAUGCAAAGACUCCAAAAGACCAGGUUUUUAUCAACCAUGGCUGGAAAUCUUUUAGGGCCGUAAGAAAAUUCAGCAAAGACAAGACCUAUCGCACCUAUGUCAGGAUGCGGCCAAUCGAAGGUACGAUGUAUGCCGGAGAUGUUUACAUCUUUGAUGAUGAAGGCAUUGUCGCAGUCUGUGGCGAUAUCAAAUUCCAAGGUAUUUCCCGCAAGGUAUUGAACAACGCAAUGCCGCCACCGAAAUCUGCGAACGAGGGUCAACCCCGUUCUCGUCCUGCGCCAGUUAAAGAAAUUCCCGCGACAAAUAUAGCUACCGUAUCAUUAAGUCCUAUCUCUCGUCAUACUGAAAUUGAACCUCUAAAACUCGAUGCGGCUUUGAAAUCGGCGUCUGCUGCGUCUGCUGCAAGAGAUCCUAUGCACUCUAUUCUCAAAAUCCUGUCUGAGGAGAUUGGCAUUCCUUUGGCCAGUGUCCAGGAUGACUUCGUCUUUGCAGACAACGGAGUUGACUCGCUUCUUUCUCUCAAGAUUUCUGGACGAUUUCGCGAAGAGCUUGGUCUCGACCUUGAAUCAUCAGUGUUCGAAACUUGCGCAACGGUUGCUGACCUUGUUGCCCACCUUGGCUACAGUACUUUCUCAUCUGAUCAGUCCACUGACCAUUCAAGUGUGGCCGAAGGCGUCUCCGCGACAAGCGACCCUGUCGGAACCCUGACGAGCAGCGCCACUACGCCUCCGCCUCGUAGUCUGCGAGAAUCUGUAUCUUCCAGCUUGUGCAAAGACGUAUGCGCUAUCCUGGCAGAAGAGAUUGGUGUGUCUACGAGCGAGAUCAUGAAUGAUGCUAAUCUUGGUGAACUGGGCAUGGAUUCGCUUAUGUCACUGACUGUGCUUGGCCGUCUUCGCGAGGAGCUAGAACUUGAGCUCGAUGAUGACUUUUUCGUUUCUUAUCCCGACUUUAGUUCUUUCAAGUCAAUGUUCCAGCCAGCUCUUCCGCACGAAAUUGAGCCAGAUAUGUCUGAAGAGCUGAAACAAUAUCGCGCAACUUCAAUUCUCUUACAAGGAAAUCCGAAGACUGCUCUCUAUACACUGUUUCUCCUCCCAGACGGUUCCGGCGCUGCAGUUUCAUACGGACCCAUCGAUGCUGUUGGCAAAGAUGUUUGUGUAUACGGGCUCAACUGCCCUUGGCUUAAAUCUGCUAACAAGCUGGUCCAGUUUGGUCUCAAGGGUUUGGCUUCGCUAUACAUUGAAGAGAUUCAACGCAGGGUUCCACACGGACCUUACAACCUAGGCGGUUGGUCUGCAGGAGGCAUUUGUGCUUAUGAAGCAGCAAUUCAACUUACAAGGCAAGGAGAAACCGUCGAUCGUCUCAUUUUCCUUGACUCUCCCAAUCCAAUCGGUCUAGAGAAGCUUCCCGCACGGCUAUUUGACUUCAUCAACGGCUUGGGCCUCUUUGGGGAUGGCAAAGCACCGGAUUGGCUACUAGACCAUUUUCUCGCAUUUAUUGAUGCGCUUGACGAAUGGAAGCCAGUGCCGUGGUCUGAAGCUUUGGAUAACAAAACACCACCGCCGCGUACAUACAUCCUAUGGGCCGAAGAUGGUGUCUGCAAGGGCAUUGUUGAACGCCCAGAGUACAGAGAUGAUGACCCGCGGGAAAUGCGGUGGCUGCUUGAGAACCGAACCAACUUUGGCGGCAAUAACUGGGACGUUUUGCUCGGCGAGAGAAAUCUGUCGAUUGAACGCAUAAAGGAUGCGAAUCAUUUUACAAUGUUACACAAGGGUAAAAACACAGAGCGCGUGGCGGCUUUUAUCAAGAAUGCAUUCACAUGA